UGUGAGGCGAGCAUUAUGAAUAUUAGUCUAUCCGUAAUCCUUUUUAUUGGGGUCAGUGGCUGCGUAAUAAAUGGCUUGAGCCUAGGUAACAGCGACCCUAAUGACUACACUUACGGUGCUAAGAUAGCCACAAGUACGCUCAUCGCCCGUGAAAUUAUCUCUCAGAACAAGAUGCUACUCCAAACAUCAACAAAGAUGUACACACUUACACAGGCAGGAACACCAAAAAAUAUAGAUUACAUUAAAAUUACUGAUCUUAAGCGAAAGCGUGGUGCUUCAGCAGAGAUUACAGAUGGCGGUGUUGGCGAAAAUUCGGUUACAAUUAAAUUUACAGCAGGACGAGGGCAUGGUAUUAAGUCCCAGGUUGAAAUAUGGGGAACAUAAUUGGCUAAAAUUGUCUAUGAUAAAGAUACAAUAUUUCUUCCGAUAAAAUUG